AUGAAAAUUAUUAUUAUUCUUAUUAUUUUAACAAUUUCAUUAUUUAAUUUAGUUAAAUCUCAAGGAUAUGUUACAUUUCAACCAUAUUCAAGUUUAAAAUGUUCAUCAGAUCAACAAAGUGGUAUUGGAUAUUCAUUUUUAUUAAAUGAAUGUAUUAGUUCGGUUGGUGAUAUUGGUUUAGAAAAUACAAAUUGGAAAUUCACAUAUGAUCAAACAAAUAAUGUAGUAAUUUCUCAACAAUAUCAAAACAAUGAUUGUAGUGAUAGUCCAAGCAAUGUUUUCAAAAAUGGUCUUAAUGAAUGCUCUUACAGUCAUCCAUUUUUCACCAUGGAAAACUAUACCUAUGCUCAAAAUGAAACAACCUUCUCCUAUGUAACAAUUGCAAACGAACCACUUUAUAACAAAGGUCAAGUAAUUUUCGAAUAUCAUUCAAAAACAAAUUCUGGUUGCUCAUCUUUGAAUUUACUAUUCUCAUUAUUUUUCACACCAAAUUUAAUUUUCAAACAAGGUGAAGCAGUCACUAAAAAUUAUUAUUGUGCUUUCUUAAAUCUCACUCCAUACGAACAAUAUUGCAAUUACAACAAUUGGCCAGAAUCUUGUACUUCCUAUAGCAUUGCAAACAGUUGUACUUCAAAAGAAAAUAAUAAUUUAAAUCUUAAAGUAUUUUGUAAAACAAUAUUUAAUCAAGAAUAA